UCCUCUCUCUCUCUCUCAGCGCAGAUAUCUCUUUCCAUACUUGGAAGAAAAUAGCUGGAAAAGCUUCAACGACAAUUUUCCUCUGUUUUUCUCCUCUGCAAUCUCUUCUGGUUUUGUACCUCUUUUUUUUCUCCUUCGUAAGCAAACACAUAUAGGUUGGCAGGGGUCUUCUUUGUUGUUGUUUGAUCUUGAAACCGCCAUGGAAGCGAUUGGGGAGUUUCAGGACUGGGAAGUGCUCCAAAACACCGACACGCGUUCUGUUAAUCCAUUCGAUUCCAUAGAGGAUUCGAGAGAUCUCACAGUAAUAGAAGGGGACUCUGAAGGGCUUAUAAGGUCUGAUUACUUCACUUUGGACUCGGAAAGGAGGUACUCGAGGACGGUUAGAGAGGGAGACCUGCACGAGGAGGGUUCUGUGGAAUCGGAUAAUCCGAGCUGGGUCGAUCCUUCUUCGGAGCCUAGGUUUGGAGAUGAUGUCGGAAAGGAUGUGAGUUUUCAAGGGAUCGCGCUUGAGCGUAGCAAUUCUGGAGAGUUUUGGUCGGACUCAAGUAGCGACAGGUCGGUUUCUCAAAGAUUUAGCAACUUGGAGGAAAAGAACGAGUUGGGUUGUGGAUAUGAUGCGAAGAACGAAGUGGCUUCUGAAAAACUCGGAGAAAUUGAAGUUACGAAUAACGAUUCUGUCAAAUUUUGGUCGGUUUCAGACGCAGAAGGAAAGGGUCAUCUGAAGGUCGGUGACGUUGGAGGUGAGAUCAAAAUGGAUGUCUCCGAGUAUGAGGCGAGAAGAGAUGAACCAGAAUUUUCAGCUGAAGUAGAGGGGGCAAAUGGGUCGGAGUUGGCUGGUGCAAUGGCGGUCGACGGUGGAAAGAGCUUGGACUCUGCCGGGUUUGUUGAGGCAGAGGGAAGUAAUGUUAUGGAAAGAACAGGGAACGUCUCAAUCGAAGAGGUGAAAUCGGGUGAGGGAGAGAAGAAGAGGAUGGUUUGGUGGAAGCUACCUUUGGAGCUCCUGAAGUUCUGUGUUUUCAGGGUUAGUCCUGUUUGGUCAUUCUCCGUUGCUGCUGCUGUAGUGGGUUUUGUUAUUCUGCGAAGGAGACUGUAUAGAAUGAAGCGAAAGAGCCGCAGCAUUACCCUUAAUGUCACUGUCGAGGAUAAGAAGGUGUCUCAAUUCAUGAGCCGUGCUGCACGUCUCAAUGAAGCUUUUUCAGUAGUGAGACGUGUCCCCAUCAUACGACCUUCGCCGCCAAUGGGUGGGGUAACUCCAUGGCCAGUCAUGGGGCUGAGAUGAAGUCCAUUUUGCUGUAGAUGAGGGGUAAAGAGAGUUAAUCCACCUAUAUAAAUAUGCAGGUUUGGAGGUGAGAAGCUCUGGUUUUAUAUUAUAAUUGUGUAUGAAGUUGCUAAAUAACUUGUAUGCGUAUUUUCUUUUCUUCUUUUUUCAUUGAGUGUCAACACUGUCUGUCAUACUAUAUGGGCACAAUUUAGAUUGGAACACAGUCAAGGGACUGUGUUCCUGCUAUUUCUUGGUCUUCCAAGUAAUAUUCAUGUUCAGCAAUGGAUGGUUGGAUACCCAUCCAUCUGUUGGUGUAAUUGAAACGGGUAUAAUCUAAUCCGUGGGGUUUGAUGAAAAUCAGGAUGUCAAUUUAAUACCACAAGAUACCAGAGUCAAUUUAUUUUCCAAUUUGCCAAUGCAAUAUUGGUUUUAUAUGACAUCUUUCCCAAUGAUUUAUUAGAAGCUAUCUUCAGUUGCCGACUGAAAGCUUGUUUUC